AUGCCAAGUCUGAUUUCUUUCAAGAGCUAUGGUAGUCUGAUAAACCCAUCCACAUCAGUGUUAAAGACCGUAAAAGUAGCUGACAGUCGUCUCCGUCUUUUGGCAGCCAAGUGGAGUAAUUUGCCAGAAAAAGCACUGGAAACAUUGCAACGGGACGUGCUACAAGAAGUGAAGCCAAGUGCUUUUCAGUCACUGCAACAACACUCCCAAGACACUCACGUACUGGACAAAGAUCUUCGUGACGACCACAUGACCAUCCUCGUAAAGAAAAUCACGGAUUUGUACAGCAAGAUAUUUCUUCACCAGUUCUCGAAAGUCUAUUCAGAACGAAUUGUCAGGCAAGAGGCACCAUCAAAACGGCAAAAGCUAAAUAAAUUCAUUCUUUUUGGAAACGACUAG